CUCGUGUCACGUGCCGAGUGGUGCGAGCCCAGGCCACCGGAAGAAGGACCCGGGCGCGGUGCAUCUGAAGACCCCCGCCGGGGGCGGCCAUCCAAGCGUCAUCGCGUCAUCGCGUCGGGUGGGGACGUGGGGACCGAUGCGUUUUGCGUUGCGGAGCGAUGAGAAAACACCAGUGGCUGUGGGUGAACCUUCGGAGCCCAACUUGACUUGACGGGUUGACCUCCCUCCACGUUUCGACCCCUGCAUGUCAUGCAACUUGCAGAUGCGAAACAACGUCUCGUUGUACGUUGUUUCGCCCGAACUUCCGGCCCAAGGCUGUGCAAGCUAGGAAGUGACCUGCAGCACAGACCACGGCCGACGGCCGAUUCGCUUGCGGGUUUGGGGUGUGUUUGAGCUUUCAUGGCAGCGGAUCUUGUCGAGCUGCCAUCCAUCUUGCGCCCAAGGUGCAACAAGAACCUGAUCCGUCCCAAGAAGAGUGUGUCCUUUGAAGUGGGCGUGAAGAGUGAGGUGGAGCCUGUCCAGAAGGUUCCAACGACUUUGUGGUGGAAGGAUGACAGCUUUCUGCAGCGGUUCUUGUGCCAGACCGGCUUGGCAGCGGAACGGCCCGAACAGUCCGGCAAGUCGAGGUUCCUGUACCCGUCCGAAACAAUGCAAGGAGAUCCGGAGUUAGCAUGCGGCCUCUGGAACCACUUCGAUGUAUUUUGAAGAUCUUCCGGCUUCCGGUUCAGGCCGCAGCCUGCUGUUAGCACCCUACAGGGCACGACAGGGUGCUGCGGUGCAUCAGAUGAUGAGAUGUAGUGAUAACCCUUGCAACUUCUGCACUAAAAGACACGGGGGCUGUAGAAGUGGACGGCAGCUCUAAGAGCGUGCCAACACUCAAGAGUUGCCGCUUGAUUUGACUGCAUAGUGUCUGAAAGAUUGUAUUAAUCGUGACAGAUAGGCUAACACGCCUUUUAUCCCAUAGACUCAUAGACAUAGAUUCAUGACUGCUGCAAAAACGGAAAAGAGCCGACCAGCAGCUGAUGCUUGAAUGAAGAGGAGAUGAUUCACACCCCAAAAGAGGUGUUGCCUGGCCUCAACGGCGUUGUCCAUCACUCCCACUUCUGUCCAAUGCACCAGCACAGUGCUCCGGUGUACCGGCAGGAUGCCCCGAUAGAGCCUCUG